AUGCAAAGACGUUUAAAUCCUAAUAUGAAAGAAGUUGUUCGCACCGAGGUGCUCAAAUUGUUAGAUGCGGGUAUCAUAUACCCCAUAUCUGAUAGUAAAUGGAUCAGCCCUGUUGUCCCAAAGAAGUCUGGGAUUACGAUAGUUGCGAAUGAGAACAAUGAAAUGAUCCCUACCCGUGUUACCACCGGGUGGAGAAAGGACUCAAAACCUAGGCUGAUUAGAUGGGUAUUACUUUUCCAAGAAUUUACUCUAGAUAUUCGUGAUAAGAAAGGGUCUGAAAAUGUAGUAGCUGACCAUUUAUCCCGUAUACUUGAUGAGACUAGAGAUGAUGAGAGACCAAUACAUGAUGCGUUACCCGAUGAACAAUUAUUUGCCAUCUCUAAGUUACACUGGUUUGCUGACAUUGUUAAUUAUUUGGUAACUGGUCAAAUUCCUGACCAUUGGUCUAAACAGGAUAGAGUUAAGUUCUUGUCUGAGGUCAAAUACUUUUUCUGGGAUGAUCCAUACUUAUUCAAGUACUUCCCUGAUCAUAUCAUCCGUCGUUGUAUUCCUGACAACGAAAUCUCCAGUGUCCUGACUUUUUAUAACUUUGGAGCUUGUGGGGGUCACUUUAAUUCUAAGAAAACAGCUGCGAAGGUUUUACAAUCUGAAUUAGAACACCGAGCUUAUUGGGUCAUUAAAAGGCUAAACUUUGACCUACCUACUGCUGGUGAUAACCGUAGACUUCAGCUCAAUGAGUUAGAAGAAAUUCGUAAUGAUUCUUACCAAAAUGUGAAAAUUUACAAGGAGAAAACCAAAGUUUUUCACGACAAAUCGAUUUUUCGAAAUUCGUUUACACCAGGACAAAAAGUUCUCUUGUAUAAUUCUCGCCUUCACCUUUUUCCUGGUAAGCUUAGAUCUCGUUGGACUGGCCCAUUCUAUGUCAAGACUGUUUAUCCGCACGGUGUUGUUGAGGUUAGGAACAAUGAUACUAGAGAGACUUUUAAAGUUAGCGGUUGA